AUGUCUUUGCCUGUCCCAGGACUCAAACCUUUUGAGCAGCAAAUCCUUGACCAUCGUGACUUUCCGCCCACCAUCAAUCCCGAUUUCAGAGAUGGGACGGACACUUAUGUUGGCACAGCGUGCCAGCACUCUCCUUUAUUUGACGAUGACACACCUCCGCAACCUGAAUCGAUCGAUCCAUUUAUCCGGCGUCAAGAUGUCCAAGACUGCCGGGACCUCUGGAUCCCGGAUGGACUCCGGCCGUUGCCUAGGAACCACUCCAUUUACGGGUAUUGGACUGUCCGUGGAUUUCGACAUAUUGCCCAACACGCUGUCAAGAUUUUGCAGUACAAGACGUUCAUGCCUCUCAACUGA